UGGGAUUAUAGGAGUUUUUUUGUAGUUUGUUCACAAAAUCAGCCACGAUGACCUACAGAAAAUGCUGGAAGCACUCAGCAGGGUCUUGCAAGAAUAUGUCCCCAACUUCAAAGACAAAGUCAAGUUUAUUGUCAUCUGCACAAGUACAUGUGUGCACAAGUGCAAUGAAAAACUUCCCUGCAGCAGCAUCACAGGCACGUAGCAUUGUAGAAGCAGCAUUCACAAGAACUUCAAUGUGCUUCUCUCUAAUGGCACCUUCUUAAACCUCUGCCCUGGAUGUCGCUUUGUGAAGCUCAUGGCAGCUUUAGAAGCUUUCCAAAAAUGGUGGCACAAAUACUGUUCGUGCAAUGUCGAGGAGGAUGAAGAAGUUCUUGACGAUCUAUUCCUCGGCGAAGACUUAACCCUCCAGCUCCAGUCUCAGCCCCUGCUCGCUCUGAAUGUGGUUCAAGGCGACCUGAACAACCUGAAUCCUGGUGUGAGAGCCUUUGUGGAAGAAAGUGCAAAGCUGUGUCAGCCAGCCAGCAUCCACAUCUGCGACGGAAGCGAGGAAGAGAACAGGCAGCUUCUGUCCCUAAUGGAGGAGCAGGGAAUGAUCAAAUGCCUGCACAAGUACCAGAACUGCUGGCUGGCUCGCACGGACCCCAAGGAUGUUGCUCGUGUGGAGAGUAAAACGGUGAUUGUGACCCCUGAGCAGAGGGAUACCAUUCCCAUAGCAAAGAAUGGAGUGAGCCAGCUCGGGCGAUGGCUGUCAGAGAAGGAGUUUGAAAAGGCCUUCAAUGCACGAUUCCCAGAGUGUAUGAAAGGGCGUACGAUGUACCUGAUCCCGUUCAGCAUGGGGCCUGUGGGGUCGCCUCUGUCCAAGAUUGGUGUCCAGCUCACAGACUCGCCGUACGUUGUGGUCAGCAUGAGGAUCAUGACUCGCAUGGGAUCGGCUGUGCUGGAGGCCCUGGGCAGUGGCCAGUUUGUGAAGUGUCUCCACUCAGUGGGGUGUCCUCUGCCACUGAAGAAGCCGCUGGUCAAUAACUGGGCCUGCAACCCCGAGCUGACCCUGGUCGCCCACAUUCCUCAGCGCAAGGAGAUCAUUUCAUUUGGGAGUGGCUACGGCGGGAACUCCCUGCUGGGGAAGAAGUGUUUUGCCCUGCGCAUCGCCUCGAGGAUCGCCAGGGAUGAGGGCUGGCUGGCUGAGCACAUGCUGAUCCUGGGAGUAACCAACCCCAAAGGCCAGAAGAAGUACAUUGCUGCAGCUUUCCCCAGCGCCUGUGGCAAAACAAACAUGGCUAUGAUGAACCCAACACUGCCUGGCUGGAGAGUGGAGUGUGUGGGAGAUGACAUCGCCUGGAUGAAAUUUGAUGAGCAAGGAAUCCUGAGGGCAAUCAACCCAGAAAAUGGCUUUUUCGGUGUCGCCCCUGGGACAUCGAUGAAGACAAACCCAAACGCCAUGAAGACCGUUCACAAGAACACCAUCUUCACCAAUGUGGCAGAGACCAGUGACGGUGGUGUUUACUGGGAAGGAAUUGAUGAAACCCUGCCCCCCAACGUCACAGUGACGUCAUGGAAGAAUAAAAGGUGGACGCUGCAAGAUGGAGAACCUUGUUCACAUCCCAACUCCAGGUUCUGCGCUCCUGCCAGGCAGUGUCCGAUCAUAGAUCCAAACUGGGAGUCUCCCGAAGGCGUUCCCAUUGAAGCAAUUAUCUUUGGAGGACGAAGGCCGAAAGGGGUCCCUCUGGUGUAUGAAGCAUUCAACUGGCAGCACGGAGUUUUCAUUGGAGCAGCCUUGAGGUCAGAGGCUACAGCUGCAGCUGAACACAAAGGUAAGGUCAUCAUGCACGACCCCUUUGCCAUGAGGCCUUUCUUCGGGUACAACUUUGGCAAGUACCUGUCCCACUGGCUCAGCAUGGAGCACAGGACCCGUUCCAAACUUCCCAAGAUCUUCCACGUCAACUGGUUCCGCAAGGACAAGCAGAACAACUACCUGUGGCCGGGCUUUGGCGAGAACUCGCGAGUCCUGGAGUGGGUGUUCCGGAGGAUCGAGGGGGAGGACUGCGCCAAGGUCUCUCCUUUGGGUUUCAUCCCCACGGAUGGAUCCCUGAACCUCGAGGGCCUGAGCAACGUGAACACAGACGAGCUGUUCAGUAUCGAGAGGGAGUUCUGGGAAGAGGAAAUAAAAGUGAUUAGAGAGUAUUUUGAAGAGCAAGUCAACAACGACCUUCCCAGCGAUGUAGCCAAUCAGCUGCUGCAGUUAGAGCAGAGAAUAGGUUGCUUGUAACAAGGGCCAAUAGGGAUAGAACAAUAACCAUGAUUAUAAAUUUAAGGAUGCAAAAUCUCUCCUGAUGGGUGGUCUGGUUAACGGAGUGAGUCCAUCCAUGCAGAAGCAAGCAGACCCCUCCCCUGAUUUCAUUUCUGACCUGCAUUGAACUAACUGACCUCCAGGCAGCCUGAAUGACUUAUGGUUUAGUGAGGGGAAGUUCAGAGUUCAUGCACUUGUUUGCCACUGUGCAUGUAUGCGCGCGCGCGUGCGUGUGUGUGUGUGUGUGUGUGUGUGUGUGUGUGUCUUUGGUCAGGGUUCAUACGUGUACAAGAGAGCAGCCAUUCGAAAGAGGUAUUGUGGAGAAACCAGGCUUAACGGAGCCUUGUGUUGGACUGAAGGUGGG